AUGGGCCUAUUCGGCCACAGGCGCAUCCACGAGAGCGGAAUUGACCGCAGCCUUGACACACCCACCCCGCCGAGCCCCACUCCCAAUCCAUCACCUUGUGCACCCACUAACCACUCCCCAGCCGACAUCGACGCCACGGACCUUACCACCCCUCACUCCCCCCCUUCCUCCUCCACCUCCUCCUUCACUGCCACAGCGACGGCCACUCCGGCGUCUGUAGCGCACGACUGUACCACAGCCGCACCUGACACAACAACAGGCACAACCCCUGCAACCUCCAUCAACAGAUGUGAGGGCCCGGACUACAUCUGCCCUCACUGCGAUCGCACCUUCACUUCACGCAUCGGCCUGGUCGGUCACUUGCGAAUCCAUCGCACAGAGUCUGGCGAACCAGUGCCUGGAGCACCAACCUACACUCACCGCACUUGCCUCCACUGCCCACACUGCACUCGCACCUUCACGCAUCGCAUGGGUUUAUUCGGCCACAUGCGCAUCCACGAGAGCGGCAUUGACCGCAAUUCCGAUACAGCCACGACAUCCAACACAUCCACCACGCCCAGACCCAUCCACGCUCCACCGUCACACGCGCCGACCACCACCACCGCCACCACCAACGCCACUGCUUCCUCUACAGCUGACACCGACACCGCCGACCUCUCAUGCCCACAUUGUCCACGCACCUUCACCUCACGCAUCGGCCUGGUCGGUCACUUUCGAAUCCAUCGCACAGAGACUGGCGAACCAGUGCCUGGAGCACCAACCUACACCCACCGCACUCGCCUCCACUGCCCACACUGCCCUCGCACCUUCACGCAUCGCAUGGGUCUAUUCGGCCACAUGCGCAUCCACAACGACCUGCGGUAG